UCUCUAUUUUUUUAGCAAUCGUACACAGAAUAAAAAAUAAAUUUUCCGCGUGACGCACAUGUUGAUGAAAUUGUAAUGUAAUGAGAUACGACGUUCAGGAGCUGCUACUUCAUCAGUCUGCUGAGGAUCCAUUCGCCAGGUUCGCAAAUGGGAUGGCAUAUCAUCCAUUUCUGCAGCUCUCGCAAAGACCCACUGACUUCAGCGUCUCGUCGCUGUUGACGGCGGGUAGCAACAACAACAACAACAACAACAACAACAACAACAACAACAGCAGCAACAGCAACAACAGCAACACGAACAACAGCAGCAACAACACUAACAAUAGCAACAACAACAACAACAACAGCAGCUCGGGAGCAGCAGCAGCAGCAGCUCAGGCGCUCAGCUCGCCAAUCUCGGGCGGCGCCGGCAAUUUUCGCAGUUCGCCGUCGCAGCUGUCGCCGCAGAGCAAUCACAGCAGCCACAACAACAAUAAUAACAACAACAACAACAAUAACAACAACAACAACAAUAAUAACAACAACAACAAGAAUCACUUGAGCACCACCGAACCGCUGAGCGGGAGCCAGGCAACGACGCCCACAGCGACACCGCCUCCCGCUGGAUCAGGAUCUGGAUCUGGAUCAGGUACAGCAGCAGCAGCAGCGCCGCCGCCUUCGUCCUCAUCAUCGUCGUCUUUACCCGCGCAUCAUUCACCCAACGUAGUAGCACCGCAACCCGCACCGCCGCAAGCGCAUCCAACAGCAACAGCACCACCGCCACCACACGGAGCGGGCUUGCAUUCGCAUCCGACGCAUCCCCAGCAGCAGCAUCCUCAGCAGCAUUUAGGGCCGCAACAGCAUCCGCCGCCGCCGUAUUUUCCGGCCGCUGCACUCGCCGCCUUGGCCGGCAGUCCGGCGGGGCCCCAUCAUCCGGGCCUAUACAGCGGCGGUUUGCGUUUUCCCCCACAUCCGGCGCAUCCGCACGCACAUCAUCCGCUGGGCACCGCCUACACCACCGCCGAGGACGUGGUGCUCGCUUCGGCUGUUGCCCAUCAGCUGCAUCCGGCGAUGCGACCGCUUCGCGCCCUUCAGCCUGAGGACGAUGGCGUCGUCGAUGAUCCGAAGGUCACGCUCGAGGGCAAGGAUCUAUGGGAGAAGUUCCACAAGCUCGGCACCGAAAUGGUCAUCACCAAAAGUGGCAGACAAAUGUUUCCGCAAAUGAAAUUUCGUGUUUCGGGUCUGGAUGCCAAGGCUAAAUACAUACUGCUACUGGAUAUCGUUGCGGCGGAUGAUUAUCGUUAUAAAUUUCAUAAUAGUCGCUGGAUGGUCGCUGGUAAAGCGGAUCCUGAAAUGCCAAAACGCAUGUACAUCCAUCCAGAUUCGCCCACAACGGGUGAGCAAUGGAUGCAAAAAGUUGUUUCAUUUCACAAAUUAAAAUUGACCAACAAUAUUAGUGAUAAACAUGGAUUUGUAAGUACUACAAUACUGAACUCAAUGCAUAAAUAUCAGCCGCGCUUUCAUUUGGUGCGAGCCAACGAUAUCUUGAAGCUACCAUAUUCAACGUUUCGCACGUACGUUUUCAAGGAGACGGAGUUUAUAGCCGUGACUGCAUAUCAAAAUGAGAAGAUAACUCAGCUGAAAAUUGACAACAAUCCCUUUGCGAAGGGCUUUCGUGAUACUGGUGCUGGUAAACGGGAAAAGAAUUGUUACAGGCAGGCGCUCAUGUCGAAUAGAGGGUCCGACUCGGACAAAUUAAAUCCCACACAUGUGAGCAGCUCACGGGCGCCACUGCAUUUGGGCCAUGCAGGUCGACCGCCACAUUUGCAUCCGGCACAUGCGGCGGCGCUACUGGAUAAUCAGCAGGACGAUGAGGAUAAACUGUUGGAUGUGGUGGGGCCACCACAGAGUCCGCUGUUGCCCUUGAGCCACUCGCUGCAGCAGAUGCAUGCGCACCAGCACUCGGCAGCACUGGCUGCCUGGUUUAAUCAUUUGGCUGGCGCUAGCGCCGGUGAGCAUGCGGCAGCGGUUAAUGCGGAGGAAGCACUGCGUCGCCGUCUGCAAGCGGACGAUAUGGAGCGGGAUGGCAGCGAUUCAAGUUGCUCGGAGAGCGUCGGCGGCAGCACCGGCGGUGCCUUUCGCCCCACCUCAACGGGCAGCCCUAAGGAGGGUGUUGGCGGUAGUGCAGGCGCUGCAGCGGCAGCAGCAGGUCUCAGCUCAGCCGGCAGCUAUCCGUCGCCCAAUAUCUCAGUGGGACCACCGAUACACCCGUCGCCGCAUCUGUUGCCUUACCUCUAUCCGCACGGACUAUAUCCGCCGCCGCAUUUGGGACUGCUGCACAAUCCGGCAGCAGCCGCUGCCAUGAAUCCCGCCGGUCUCAAUCCUGGUCUGCUUUUCAAUGCGCAGUUAGCUCUGGCCGCUCAGCAUCCGGCGUUGUUUGGGCACGCUUAUGCGGCCGCUGGCCACACGCCCGUAUCACCGCUGCAGGGCCUGAAGAGCCAUCGCUUCUCGCCGUACAGUUUGCCGGGCAGCCUGGGCAGCGCCUUCGAUGCAGUAACGCCCGGCUCCAAUGCGAAUCGCAGCGGCGGCAAUGGCAGCGCCGAUGCAGCCGCUCCGCCCAAUCUGCUGCACACCAGCGGCGGCGGUGGUUUGGCCCUGGACAAUGGGCCGCGCAGUUUGAGCUCGAGCCCGCGGCCGCGAGCCUCCUCGCAUUCGCCGCCGACGCGACCCAUAUCAAUGUCACCUACAACGCCGCCAUCGUUGCUUAAGCGACAGCCGCAGCAUUCGCCAUCGGAGCUGAAGAGCAUGGAGAAGAUGGUCAACGGUCUCGAGGUGCAGCACAAUGGCAGCGCUGCGGCAGCGGCGGCAGCUGCAGCAGCGGCGGCAGCAGCGGCUGCCUCAUUGAUAUCGGAGGAAUCGGCACAGCUGCAUCAUACGCAGGUGCAUCAUACGCAUUCGCAUCAGCAUCCGCAUCUGCAUGGACAUCCGCACGGGCAUACACAUGCGCAUCAUGCGGCGGCGGCGGGUGGUACGGAUCAGUGACAAUUACAGGACGGCCGCUCCGAUUGCGAGGAGGGCGGCCUCGAUGACGAUGAUGAUGAUGAUGAGCAGGAUCGCAGCUCGAUCAUUGAUUUAGAUGUUGAUGUCUGACCGCAAACGGUGCAGCUGCAGCAGCUUUAGCGUGCGGCACCCACUAGCUGCUGGUGGGGCCCAACAAUGGCCCGCGCUCCGGCCCUGGCUUUGGCUCUAGUCAGUGGCGGCAGUUAGCCAACACUGCGUACGCUCCCACUGUAAAUAGCGCCAGCGAUCUAUAUCGGCAUUGUAGCAUAUAGCAUGUAGUAAACACCCACAUACCCUACACACACUCACACACACUUAAUACCCAUAGAGCCUAGAGAUGUUGCGGGUCGCUUUGCGUAUAGUUGUAAUUCAACAAUUUUUUUUUUUUUUUUUUAGGGGGUAUUGAUAUAUUUAAGCAACGCCUAGCCUGUAAUUUUUUUUGUGAUGCGCAGGACCCGCCAGCUUUUAAAACCUAGUUUAAAGAGACAGACAGAGCGAGUGAAUAAAAAGAGAGAGAGAGAGAGAUCG